AUGGUUCAAUCAUCCGUUCUGGGUUUCCCCCGUAUGGGUAAGCUCCGUGACCUGAAGAAGGCCACGGAAGCUUACUGGGGUGGCAAGAUCUCUCGCGAGGAGCUUCUCGCUGAGGGCAAGCGUCUUCGUCUCGAGCACUGGAAGAUUCAGAAGGCUGCUGGUGUGACUCAGAUCCCCAGCAACGACUUUGCUUUCUACGACCAGGUCCUGGCUCAGUCCCAGCUGUUCGGUGUCAUCCCCGAGCGCUACAGCAAGUACAACCUCGACCCUCUCGAUGAGUACUUCGCUAUGGGCCGUGGUCUCCAGAAGGACGGUGUCGAUGUCCCCGCCCUCGAGAUGGUUAAGUGGUUCGACUCCAACUACCACUACGUCAAGCCUGCCCUCCAGGACAACCAGGUCUUCAAGCUGGAUGCCAACCCCAAGCCCGUCGUCGAGUUCAAUGAGGCCAAGGAGGCCGGUAUCAUCACCCGCCCCGUUCUUCUCGGUCCCGUCUCCUACCUGGCUCUCGGAAAGGCCGACCGUGGCCAGACCGUCGACCCCAUCGACAAGCUGAGCGAUCUUCUGCCCAUCUACGUUGACCUCCUCGCCCAGCUGAAGGCUGCUGGUGCUGAGGAUGUCCAGAUUGACGAGCCCGUCCUCGUUUUCGACCUUCCUGCUAAGGUCAAGGCUGCUUUCAAGCCUGCCUAUGAGAAGCUUGGCAGCCUCGGCGCUCAGGCUCCCCGCCUGACUGUUGCUACCUACUUCGGUGACAUUGUCCAUAACAUCGAUGUCCUCCCUGCCCUUCACAACGUCCACUCCAUCCACGUCGACUUGGUCCGCAACCCGGAGCAGCUCGACACUGUUGUUGCUGCCCUUGGCCCCAACCAGGUUCUAUCUGCUGGUGUCGUCGAUGGACGUAACAUCUGGAAGACCAACUACAAGGCCGCCAUCGAGAAGGUCGAGGCCGCUAUCCAGAAGCUCGGCAAGGACCGUGUCAUUGUCGCCACUUCCAGCUCCCUCCUUCACGUUCCUCACACUCUGGCUUCCGAGAAAAACCUCGACCCCGAGGUCGCUGACUGGUUCAGCUUCGCCGUCGAGAAGGUCUCUGAGGUCGUUGUCAUUGCCAAGGCUGUUACUGAGGGCCCUUCUUCCGUUGCUGCUGAGCUUGAGGCCAACGCCAAGUCCGUCCAGUCUCGCGCUACCUCCAAGCGUACCAAUGAUCCCCAUGUCAAGGCCCGCCAGGCUGCUGUCACCCCUGAGAUGCACAACCGUCUGUCUCCCUUCGAGACCCGUAUCCAGAAGCAGACCGACCACAUCAAGCUUCCCUUGUUCCCCACCACCACCAUUGGCUCAUUCCCCCAGACCGGUGAAAUCCGCAAGCAGCGCAACUUGUUCACCAAGGGUGAGAUCACUGCUGAGCAGUACGAGCAGUUCAUCAAGGAUGAGAUCAAGAUGGUCGUCGAGGAGCAGGAGAAGCUUGGCCUUGAUGUUCUCGUCCACGGCGAGCCUGAGCGUAACGACAUGGUUCAGUACUUCGGUGAGCGCUUGACUGGUUACACUUUCACCGAGAAGGCCUGGGUGCAGUCUUACGGUUCUCGCUGCGUUCGUCCUCCCAUUAUCUACGGUGACAUCAGCCGUCCUGCCCCCAUGACCGUCAAGGAGUCCCAGUACGCUGUUUCCAUCAGCAGCAAGCCUAUGAAGGGUAUGCUUACUGGUCCCAUCACCUGUCUGCGGUGGUCUUUCCCCAGCCAGCAGGCUCAGCAGCUGGCCCUUGCUCUGCGUGAUGAGGUUAUUGAUCUUGAGAAGGCUGGUGUCUCCGUGAUCCAGGUCGAUGAGCCUGCCCUGCGUGAGGGUCUUCCUCUUCGCAAGGGUAGCGAGCGUGACGCCUACAUCAAGUGGGCCGUCGAUGCUUUCAAGCUGUCCACCGCUGGAGUCACCGAUGCCACUCAGAUCCACUCUCACUUCUGCUACUCUGAGUUCCAGGACUUCUUCUACGCCAUCGAGGCUCUUGACGCCGAUGUUCUCUCCAUCGAGAACAGCAAGUCUGAUGCCAAGCUUCUGGAGGUCUUCAAGGCCAAGGACUACCCCCGUCACAUUGGUCCUGGUGUCUACGACAUCCACUCGCCUCGUGUCCCCAGCGAGCAGGAGAUGAAGGAGCGCAUCGAGCAGAUGCUUGUUCACCUUGACCCCAAGAAGUUGUGGAUCAACCCUGACUGUGGCCUCAAGACCCGUGGUUGGGAGGAGACCCGGGCUAGUCUGUCCAACAUGGUGUCCGCCGCGAAGUUCUUCCGCGAGCGCUACGCUUCUUAA